AUGGAAGAACACAUCUUCGGUCUCCCUCCCCGGUCAGUUGGGGAUCGAAUUGAUGUGGUUGUCGAUGUCCUUGACUCGACGGCUAGUGGCUGUGGGAUUCGCUUGCUCCCUUUCGGUGUCGAGUGCUCUCUGCUUGGCUUGGGGCUUCCCUUGGGCCGUGUCUCGGUUUAUGGAUUGGAGGUCUUCGAAAUUGACCCUUGCUUGGUUCUGGUUCCAUCGGCCGAUUGUUGGUGGCGUAGUGCACCUGAUGCCAAAGAACCGUUGGCUCCUUUCCUGCUUGAGCUCUGCGUUGGCUUUGGCGGCAUGUCCAUUGGCGCCUCUUUCCUUGGCGCUGUCCCUGUGGUUUCGGUGGACUUUUCGCCGCUUUCGGUUCGUCAUUUGAAGGCCAACUCUCAUGGGCAGGUUUUGGCAUUGGACUUGAAUGACCCACAGGCCUCACGUAUCAUUCAUGCCGCUUGCCCUCUGCAUGGAUUUACCGGCACCAUGGGUUUUCCGUGUCAACCCUAUAGCUCUCAGGGCAGGAUGCAGGGUUGGAAUGAUAGCAGGGCAUUCGUACUGCUCUCAGGCCUUCGGGUAUUUUGGUUCACUCAACCCCAAGCCGUGAUUUUGGAGUGCGUGGCGGCAGCCAGGUCGAAUCAUGACACACGCCAAGCAAUUGCUGCUUUCGCCAAGGCGAUGGGCUUCGAAAUCCUCGAACUCACGUUUGACUUAGGCACACAGUGGCCGUGCAAGCGUCUCCGGUGGUGGACUUUGUUGAUCCCGCCUCGAUGGAAUCAUCAUGGACUUCACCCUUGGCCCUUCCUUCCUUCCACACCCAAGAUCGGGCAGGUCCUGCCGCAAUGGGGGACUUGGAGCGAGCCGGACGAAACCGAGCUACAAUUGGACAUGGAUGAGCUUGCUCUUUACAUGGACCCAAGGCUGGGCAAAGAGGAUCGCUGCCUCACUUUGGACAGCAUUGCUCCGACCUUCCUGCACUCCUACUCCAAUGCCACUCGGCCCUGCCCUUGCAACUGCCGCUCGGCUGGAUUCAGAUUUGGGACCCUUCUGGAUCAGGGGCUGCGUGGAUGCUGGGUACCAUCUCAAGUUCACGGCAAUCCGAGAUUCCUCCACCCAAGGGAACUGGCUGCAAUGCUUGGUGUACCCGAUUCUGUUAUCCUUCCAUUGGGACCUCGGGAAAGCAAUUGUCUUCUGGGCCUCAUUGCAUCUCCGAUUCAGAUGGUUUGGAUCUACGGCACCUUGGUUGAGAACUACCAGAUGGCCACUGGAUCCGAAGAGGUCCUCACGGCGCUUGCCACGCUGGAGAACUACAAACGUGAGCUGAUCCGGCAACUGCAUGAUGGAUUUCCGGCUUUCGAUACUCAGCCCAUGCACUUCCAACUUUGGUCCAACGGGGCUUGCCUUGAGAUUAUGUGCAACAGGGCUUCCACCGCGGGCUCAUUGCUCUCUGCGGAACGGAUUCAACUGGAUUGGGGUCACCAUGGUCAGAUUUCAGCCGAGGGCGGCCUCCCUAUCUCGGAUGAUUCACUCCUGCAAGCACAAGGGUCCUACCUUCUUGAGGGUCAUGGAAAGCAGCAAGCAAGAGAACGCCCCACCGGACUCUUGGCCAUUGGUAUCGCUCAUGAGCAAGAGCUGAUCAUUGAAUGUGUUGAGCCCGGCAGCUUUCUCUUCCAGGUACUCCGCAAGCAUAACUUGCAGCACAUCCUCUUUCUGCGUGACGACUUGGGCAGGGUCUAUGGGGCAGAUUUCCGGCUCUGGCGCUCCUUGAGGCUUCUCACAUUGCCUUGGCUAGUCAGCGGAUGGCAUACCUUGGUUGGCAGAGGACCACCUACUCAUGGUUCAGAUGGCACAAGACUUGGACUGGGGGAUCCCAUCAUUUGGACUACACUUCAGAGUGUCGUUCGGCAGCGUGGGCUCAUGGCUGCUGGUCCGGUCUGGGUGUUCUCUCCCAAGCAAGCUAAUACAUUGCUGCGCACUUCUCUUCCUCCUGUGCUUGAAGCGGGGGCUAUCCAGGGCUCUGCGCAGGUGCUUUGCAUCUUCCCUGCAGAUGAGCAUUGGGCGUUACUGCAUGGAAUCAUUCAGGAUGGCCGCAUUGCUUGGACUUAUUUCGAUGGACUUCGUGAUCGGCUCUUUGAAGCAGCAUCUCAGCUUUCUCAGCAGCUUUCUGCCUUGCUCGGCGUAUCGGUCACAAGCUUUACCUCGGCCUCACACUAUACUCAGCAGGCGGAGUACACAUGUGGCACCAUUGCCCUGCUUCAUGCUUGCCUUGCAUUGGGCUUUCCUGGUGGAUUCACCGAAGACAACAUCACACGGAUCCAUGAGCAUCUUCUUCUUCAUGAUCGGAAGGCUGACUUCAUUGGCUACGGGCCUCUUGGGCGGGCCGAUACCCUUUCUGAGCUAGCUAGCCUACUCAGCGAACAUGGAGUCCCUGCAGAACUUUCGCGGGAUAGAGCAACAUUGGUGCUUGAGAAACUUGGGACAUCUUUGGUUCAGUCCGCACUUCGAUCCAAGAUGCCAUGGGCAGCACUCAAGGCUGAAGCCAGCAAGCCUUCGUUUCGUCUACGACUGGUUACACCCUUGGAACUUUCUCAGCAUUUGCAAGAUAGGGAGAAGACCACGUUUGGAGCCUCAGCAUCCAGCAAAAAACAACGAGGUGCCAGGGAGAAGAAGCUGGCUUCCAAGCCUAUCAAAGUGGAUCCCCAGGCAUUGGAACUCUUCCCAGACACUUUUGUCGAUGAGGACGGGAAUCGAGUUGGUGCCAUUGACUUCCAAGAGGUGGCCGCUGAUCAAAGUGGGAUCGCCCUUUGCAACGCUGAGGGGGCGGCUCCCUUCUUCUCAUCCAGCAGUCCCAGCUCGGAUGCCCUGGCCUUAGCUCUCAUUGACCUGCCGGAGGAAGACAUCACCGCUGCUGCGAAGAUUCAGAAAUGCAUGAUUCCCGCCAAGUACAAAGCUACCGAGGAACCAGUUGUCUUUUUCGGAGGUCUUCUUCAACUUGGAGAUGUUGCUGUCAAAAGGAAGGCUUCUCAGAGCAUGCCACAGCCUGCAGUUGUGACCACCACGGUUCUCAAGAUCCAGGCAUAUCGUGAUCUACUGGGCACCUCAUGGGAGGCAGUUUCCAGGGCUCCCAUCCGUGAGCUCGCGGAUGCCACACCGGCAUUGCAACUCUGUAAGGACAGCAAGUGUACAGGGAAGACGACCGAUUGCCAGAAGGCUCAUCCAGCUGUCGAUGAACAGUAUGAUGGGGUAAUUCUUGACCUAUGGAGCCGCCUCUUCACCACCAUGGAGGGUAAGAAGACGGAAGCCAAGGAGGCUGAUUGCUUUUCUGUUUUGAUCCGGGUUCCUUCCUCUAUGGUGUCACAGAUUUUGCAGCAGCAGCCGGUAGGCUUCUUCUUUGAGCCCAGAUGUCAGACCACCAAGGGGCCGGACCCUCGGUACAAAGUGAUUUGGCUUCCUGGACUGGAUCAUCUAGCUGCCUCACAUCAAGCGAAGACCUGCUCCAAGACUGUUUGUCUCAUGCGCAUCAAGCAACGAUUCGGGGUCCGAGUUCUGGCCAAAGAUGAAGAAACCGCAUUCAAGGCCUUGCGGCCAGGGGUGCCCUUCAUGGAUGUUGAGGUCAAACAGAUCUACAACCUCAUGCCGCUCCCUCACGGCACUCAGAAGUCGGCAGUCAGCGCACUUCUGAAAGAAUGGAAUUGGUCAGCCAAACCCUUGCAACCUGGCAAGGGGAAUGCCGGCUACAUGGCAUGGACCAUCGGCGCUGCCACGCCUCCACCACAGGCUGUCAUGCCAGGGUUCAAGCUCGACAUCCUCAUCACUGACAGGUAUGACGACCUGGCCAAAGAGAUCCGACAGGACAUCCAGCAGGAUCUUGACUCCAAGCUGAAGCAGAUAGGCACAGCCAAUCCUGACACGGAUCAGCGCAUUCUCCAGCUUGAGAGCGGAUUGACAGAAAUCCAGGCACAAAACAAGCAAUUUUCUCAGUGGUUCCAUGACGUUCACCACACUUGCCACAGCACGCAAGCCUCCAUCAGCGAACUUCAACAACAGGCCGUGCACCAGAAGCAAGAAAUCCAGAGAUUGGGACAAGAAGUCCUAACUGGGCAGGCCAAAUUUCAGCAGCUGGUUCAGACAGCGGUGCAUGAGGUCAAGAGUGAUUUUGCUAAGGAGAUGAAUGGCCGCUUCGAUACGCUGGAGGCCAUGAUGGCCAAGAAGGCCAAACACGAAGCUUGA